AUGUCCUCGGCGUUAGCUCCGCGUACGAGCCAACGCACAACCAAGGGUGUGCCACCAUUGAGAUAUGGACACGAGGAGCCCGAACUCGCCGUGGCUGCGGAUAAAAGGAGCUCGGUGUCCGCUGUCCCGUCCAGGGCCAGUAGCGGUUCCCAGCUCAAGGUCGAACUGAAAGCUACAGAGCUGGAAGCGGCGGAGGAGCUCGCCACCAUGGAGUUAGAUGUAAAGAAAAGGGAGAUUGAACUCCGCAAGGACAUUUGGGCCAAAAAGUUGGCGUUAGAGGAAGCAAUAAAAACGGAGCAGCUGUCCCAGAGGAGUUCCCCGAGGCGGCGAGGGCAUGGCUUGACUGCGGAGGCACUUGCCAAGUUUGACGAUGCCUUGCAAAGAUGUGGCAAUACUCGUGUCGUCCCGGCCGCAAAGUGCGUAUCAUUGAGUUGUGUGGACCAGGGUCGCGUUGUCAAGCCAGCAGUGCAAGCUGGUGCCGAAACCCGGGGAUAUGAUAGCCUGACUGAACAUACAGCAGCAGUGGAUGGCGCGCGGAACAUGGACUGGAGAAUGUUAGCCGCAAGGCAGUCAGCUGGCACGUCUGAGGCCUCCGACGAUUCCGCAGUGUCAUUCAGUCAGGCUCAGCAGCCAAGGCCAAUCUGGCACUCAGCUGUGCGGCAUCCAGGAGCUGCAGUGCAGCACACAAUGGCAGUGCAGCACGGAAAGCGAGCCGUGCACCAUCACCACGCUUCAGUGCACCAACCAGUAGCAGCUGCCUCGUACCUAGUGCGGCAGCAGCCAGUGCUCAAUCAGCUACCUGUAACCGUUGCGGGUGCUCUGAGCAUGCCUCAGCCGCAGCCGCCACCACAACAGUCACAACCGCAGCAGACGUACAGACCACAGCCUCGUCGAAUCGUCGAACAUCAGACGCUCCCACCCGACAUGGCCCGCGUGCAGAAAUGGGCAGACGGCAUACCAGACGGUUGGCGCCAGGGCAUCCGCCAGGCACAAAUAAAACCGUUGGAGCUGCCAAAGUUUAAUGGGGAAGAGAGCAGCUACAUGAAGUGGCAGCAGCGUUUUUUGCGUCUGGUGGACGAGGACCCAUAUGUGUCCGACCACUACAAGAUGGCUCGUCUUCGCGAAGCAGUGGCCGGUGGAGCAGCAGAAGAUCUGAUAGCGGACUUGCUGGACGGCGAGGGUGCGUACCAGUCCGCAAUGGCUGAGCUGGAUGCGUGGUAUGGUGGCAGCCAGCGCGAGCUCGAGCGCCAGCAGAAAGAGCUGUAUGCACUGCCACGCAUUCAGCACGACAAAGACACCACCGCUCUGCAGACGCUCGCCAUCAAGCUCCGCAACGUGCUGCUAAACAUGCAGGCAGGCCACAUCAUGCCGGGAAGAGAGAUGUACGUAACGGUAACACAGAAACUGCCCCGCAACCUUCUGCUGCGCUACAUUGAGCGUUAUGACGACGCCACUGGUAACGUGGAUGACCUGUCCAGAUGGCUGCUGGAUAGAGUGCAUCGCAUGCGCCAGGUCGAUGCUCGCAUUGGGGACGUCUUGACGGUCAAAAAGCCGGAGAAAGCGGCUACAGGGCGUACGCAAGGCCACCACACCAUGGCCACCGUUCCAGCAGCUAGCAGCAGAACAACGUCGGCCUCGGCACCAGAGCCACGAACAACGGUGUGCCCGGUGUGCCAGGGGCAUCAUGCCCUUGCUGUAUGUGCUGAGCUGCGCAAGAUGUCGGUGCGCGAGAGGUGGGGAGCGGUCAAGCCCUUGUACAGCGUUUGUACGAAUUGCCUACAGACAGGGCAUCGUUCAAAUGACUGCUCUGCUAAGCCAUGUGAUGCGUGUGGACGAAAACAUAACAGUUUGUUACAUGUUUGGAAAUCGGACAAGCCACACAUUAAUAUCUCUACUACUGACGCCAAGGCCAGACACACAGCGGUCAGCAGUUCGACACAGGCAGCCAGGCAGCACACAGCAUCGCCAACAGCCAGCGUGCCGUCAGCAGGUGCGGCACUGCACAUCCUGCAAGAGCCAGCUGCGACUCUACGCGCGUCCGGUGGAAUGGCGUUCAUGACCGUGUCUGCCACACUAGUCAACAAGGACCGCCAGAUGCAGGUGACCGCCCUGCUCGACUCAGCGUCAUCAACGAGUUACGUCACCGAGUCUGUGGCCCAGGAGCUUGGACUUACGGGUCCUCAAGAGUCAUUGCAGACCACAGUACUCGGAGGGAAGACAGUUAGUGGUACCCGAUCGCACAUCAAUGUCGGUGUCCAGACUCAAGACGGCAGACUGGCCCAGUUUAGUGCGUGGGUGCUGCCAGCUGUAACGCCAAUGAGUACGGUGGACUGGGCCCAGAACAGCGGCACGUGGGCAGGAAACAUCGAAUUCCAGCCGUUGCCGUCUCCCACAGUGGGCAUUCUGAUCGGUCUGAAUGCAGCAGAGCUGCACACGUCACUGGAGGAGCGCAGCGGCCACUCAGAGAGCGGACUGAUUGCCCGGCGCACACCACUCGGUUGGGUGUGUUUCGGCCCCUUGGGGAACAACAGUACUCCACUGCAACAUACCUGCAUCGCCCUGUGCACUGAGGCUGGCGUACAAGAAGAAAGUAAGCUCGAUGAGAUCGUUCACAAGUUCUGGGAGACAGAAAAGGUGGGCACGGAAGCGGCAGCAUCCAAUGUCGAGACGCCAUCGCCAGCUGAUCGCCAGGCCGAGUUACACACCAACGACACUGUGCGGUAUGAAGACGGGCGCUACACGAUGUCCAUUCCAUGGGCGAGCAGCCAGUCACAGCCUCAGCUGACCUCCAACCGCAUCAUGGCCGAGCAGCGGUUGAGGUCCUUGGAGAAAGCACUGGACAAGCGACCAGCAGUGAAGAAGCAGUAUCACGAGGUCAUGAACAGUCAUAUUGAGAAAGGCUACGUCAGCAUGGUACCUACUGAGCAAGCUGACGGAGAGGACCAAUGGUAUCUGCCGCACUUUCCGGUGGUACGCGACGAUAAGAGUACCACGAAAGUCAGAAUUGUCUUUGACGCAGCGGCAGAGUGCAACGGUGUCUCGAUUAACGACGAGAUGUUGACCGGUCCAGCGCUGCAAAACGACGUAUCCUCUGUGCUGCUGCGCUUUUGUAUGGAGCCAGUUGCUCUGGUAGCGGACAUCGCUGAAAUGUUCCCACAAGUCGUUCUCGCAGAAAGUGACAGGAAAUACCAUCGUUUCCUGUGGAGGGUGGAUGGAGAAGUCUGUGUGUUUGAGUGGAACCGGCUAGUGUUCGGCAUAAAGGCAUCCCCCUACCUGGCAGGCAAGGCGGUCAAGAAGACCCUGGAACACGUUGGUGAUGGGUACUCUGCAGCAGCGGUGGAAGCCAUCGACAAGUCCACGUAUGUGGACGACCUGCUGAGCUCGGCUGCAUCCGACGAAGCUGCGUGCAACACCCAGCAGCAAACGCAGUGUCUCCUAGCGCAGGGUGGGUUCCACUUGCGGAAGUGGUUAUCGAACAGUGCAGCCGUCAUGGAGUCCAUCCCAGAGGCCGACCGUGCCAAGGAAGCGGUGUUAAACUUGGGUGAGCGAGAUGCUCACAGCUGCCUACCAACAGUGAAGACACUCGGCGUCAGCUGGCAUUCACAGUCCGACACGUUCACCUUCCGCUACCAGCAGACCAAGCAGAGCCCAACGAAGCGUUCAGUGCUGAGCGGGCUGUCGACUGUGUUCGACCCGAGAGGCCAGAUCGCGCCAUUCACUAUCCGGGCACGCAUCCUUUUCCAGGACUUGUGUCUACUUGGUGUUGGCUGGGAUGAGCGACUCCCUAGCGCAGAGACGAAGAAAUGGCAAGCCUGGUUCGGUGAGCUGCCAGGUCUCUCAGGAGUUCAGGCUCCACGCAGCUUCAAGGCACCAGGUGCACCAGAGAGCCAGCUGUCGGUUCACACCUUUGUUGACGCAUCUGAUCGAGCUAUUGCCGCGUCAGCAUACGUGCGUGCAGUGGACACUACCGGCAACGUCAGAGUAACUCUGGCAAUGGCCAAGGCAAAGCCAGCUCCAAUCCGUCGACAGAGCAUCCCUCAACUUGAGCUACGUGGUGCGGUAGCAGGGAGUGGUGCUUUCUUGCAGGUUUGCCGAGUCGAAGGUUCGAUGGACUUCUCCGGUACAUAG